AUGUCCGUCGACUUUAACACCUUAGCGCAACAAUUCUGUGAUUUCUACUACCAACAGUUUGAUCAAGACAGAUCUCUUCUUGGCAAUUUAUACAGAGACCACUCCAUGUUGACUUUUGAGUCUUCUCAACUUCAAGGUCAAAGAAAUAUUAUUGAAAAAUUAACCUCUCUACCAUUCCAAAAAGUCCAACAUAGAAUCUCAACCUUGGACGCUCAACCAGCAUCCGAAAACGGUGAUGUUUUGGUUAUGGUUACUGGUGAGUUAUUGAUUGACGAGGAACAAAAUCCUCAAAGAUAUUCGCAAGUUUUCCAUUUAAUUCCUGAAAACGGGUCUUAUUUCGUUCUCAACGAUAUUUUCAGAUUGAACUAUGCUUGA